GCCAGGAGCGAGGGCUGCGGCAGCAGCAGGGGGCGUCCGCGCCCCGAUGCGCGACAAGGGGAGGGAUGGUGCACCUGCCGGAGGCAGCACUGCCGCCGUGAGCGACACGAGCGCUGGCAGCGCGCCAUCGUCGGCUCGGCAGCCCGACUGUCUCCGCUGCAGGGACAGGCCCCCCACCUGUGCUCGGUGCCGCGGCGACGCCUGGAUCUCCUGCGGCCGCUGCCAGGGCGAGGGUGAGAUCCGCGGCGCCUGCUGGUGCGCCCGGGAGGUCGCAGGCCGCGCACGCCACAACCCGGACUGCGCCAAGUGCUUCGGCACCGGCGUGUUCUGCCGCAAGUGCGGGCGCUGCGACGGCCAGGGCAUGUGGCGCUGCGAGCGGUGCAAGGGUCGCGGCCUCUUUGCCUGCGGCGCCUGUGGGCGCGGCCAGGUGCCCCGGGCCGGGCGCAGGGGCGGCGGCCCGGGCAGGGCCCCCGACCUGCUGGGGCCCGAGCCCCCGGAGGGCCUGGUGGUCACCCGCUGCCACGGCGCGGAGGAGUCCGCCGUCUGCAAGCUGUGGUCGGAGCGGCUGGCGUCCGCAGGGUGGCCCCGCCCAGGGGGGCUCGCCGCCCCGAGAGUGGCCGCCGUGUGGGGCGUGGAGAACCCGCGCCGCGCCUGGGCGUACCGCCGCCGGCGCGCCCAGCUCGAGGGAGAGCUCGGGCGCUCCCCGGCCGAGCUCCGCGGGUUCCACGGCUCCGCCCCCUGCAACAUCCUCUCGAUCGCCGAGGGUGGCUUCGACGCAGGGAGGCGCUCGGGACAGGCCUACGGCGCCGGGGAGUACUUCGCGAAGAACCCGAACGUCUCCGUCGGCUACUGCAGGGGGGGCUCCUACAUGCUGGUGUGCCAGCUGUGCCUCGGCAGGGAGUCCAGCACGCAGGAGAACGAGGACGGCGACCACAUCUGGGCAGCAGCUUGCGGAUACUAUGUCAUCUCGGAUCCCGACCAGGUUCUGCCGCUGUACAUCGUGCGCUUCGAGGACGGGCGCGGCAGCCGACCACCACCAGGGGAGGGAGAGCUGGCCCUGAAGCUCGCGGCUCCAGUCUACCGUUCUGGCGUGCGCGACGAGAGGCUGGUGGACUUAGCGUUCUCGGUCGCGGCGACCAAGGGCGUCGUCGAGUCCGGCCAGAGCGUGUGCCUGGGAGCUCGGCCUGCCAAGUGGUGCCUGGCUGUCAAACAGCAGGGCCUACUCAACACUUCCAUUCGUUGA